AACCUUGCCCUAGUUGGUCCUAGUUGAAUUCUUUUAAUAUCCACAAAAGAAUUUAGGACAAGGCUUAGGGAAAACGAAAGAAUUUGCUMUUCUCUGUSUUCAUUUGCCCUAUUUAAUUAUGACUUGACAUCAAAACAUUCUAUAGGUUAUGCAUGAGUCGAUUAAAAUACUUGCACCCCUCAGGGCCUUAGUUGUGGCAUUCACUUUUUUCUCAAGAGAAUAAUUGUGAAUGCCCCAGUUACAAGGGAAAAUUUAACAGGCGAAUCCCUGAAGGUACCCUGAAGGUACCCUGGGUACCAGAAGAGUGAUGUUCUCUUUCUUAUAGUUUAUUUACGUGGCUUAAGACAUAAAUAAGAAAGAGUAAAUCACGCCUCUGGUACCCACUUCUCUGAUUUGCCCUCUGGUAAAUCAUCAUCAUCAUCAUUCACCUGCAGAGCAGGCGACCAUAAUCCCUCUCCACUGCACACGGUUUUGACAGCAAUCUGGUCAGGCCGAAGAGAGCCAUCGCCGUCCCCCAGCCGCUGUUGAAUGUAUUUAAGAUGUUGGGAGAAGUUGUAUCUUGGUUAGCAUUGGGGGCAAGAAUAUCAUGUUGGAUUGUGGGAUGCAUAUGGGAUACAAUGAUGAACGGCGCUUUCCUGACUUUUCAUACAUCUCAAGGUCAGGUAGACUAACACAGCAUCUUGACUGUGUUCUAAUAAGUCAUUUUCACCUUGAUCACUGUGGAGCACUACCAUACUUCUCAGAGAUGGUUGGCUAUGAUGGACCUAUAUAUAUGACACAUCCCACUAAAGCUAUUGCACCCAUUCUGUUGGAGGACUACAGAAAGAUAACAGUGGAGAGGAAAGGAGAAACGAACUUUUUUACUUCACAGAUGAUCAAAGACUGCAUGAAGAAGGUUAUCCCUAUCAAUUUACAUCAAUCAAUCAAGGUUGAUGAUGAAUUGGAAAUCAAGGCAUAUUAUGCUGGUCAUGUGCUUGGAGCUGUGAUGUUUCAUAUGAAAGUUGGAACAGAGUCUGUAGUGUACACUGGAGAUUACAAUAUGACUCCAGAUAGACAUCUAGGUUCAGCAUGGAUUGAUAAAUGCAAGCCCAAUGUACUGAUAACAGAAUCAACAUAUGCAACAACCAUUAGAGACUCUAAAAGAUGUAGAGAACGUGACUUUCUCAAGAAAGUUCAUGACUGCAUUGAUAAAGGAGGAAAGGUACUUAUACCAGUGUUUGCCCUGGGAAGAGCACAAGAACUUUGCAUCCUCCUAGAAACAUACUGGGACCGUAUGAAUCUCAAAGCUCCAAUAUAUUUUUCCACUGGUUUAACAGAAAAGGCCAAUCACUACUAUAAGCUAUUUAUUACAUGGACAAACCAAAAGAUCAAAAACACUUUUGUCCAGAGAAACAUGUUUGAAUUUGAGCAUAUCAAGGCAUUUGAUCGCUCUUAUAUUGAUCAGCCUGGACCUAUGGUUGUGUUUGCAACACCUGGAAUGCUACAUGCUGGUCUUUCUCUUCAGAUAUUUAAAAAAUGGGCAUCUAAUGAAAACAACAUGGUUGUCAUACCAGGAUAUUGUGUUGCUGGCACUGUUGGUCACAAGGUUCUCGCUGGUCAGAAAAAAAUUGAACUGGACAAAAAGAAUGUGGUAUGUCAUGGUUAGAUUAUGACAAUYAAGGGAAGUAUUUGUUAGGUCGGUGGCCACAUAUCAGUCCAGUAAAUCUGUAUGUCUGUCUGGCAUAAGAUUGGUGUCCAGCUAUCAUUCCAGUAAUAAAAUGUCUGUCUGUCCAUUAGAUUGAUGUCAAUCUGUCAGUCCAGUAAAUA